AAACCAGCCACGCGUUUCCUCCAGCGAUCAUAUCAUAUGCCACAUAUAUAUCUGAUGAAAAGUGUAGUUGGCUGAUAUUUGAUUAAGAUUGGGUGAUUGAUUGCAGAAAGAAAGAAACAACAUUAGAAUCAGAAUGGAUUUGGUAGAUAAGGCAAAGAAUUAUGUAGCAGAAAAGGUAGCGAACAUGCCGAAGCCGGAGGCCAGCGUUACCGACGUAGAUCUUAAAGGAAUUAGCCGGGAAUGCAUCACCUAUCAGGCUAAGGUUUCCGUCAAGAAUCCCUAUAGCGUCCCCAUUCCCAUCUGCGAGAUCUCUUACGUUCUCAAAAGCGCCACCAGGGUGAUCGCGUCUGGUAACAUACCGGAUCCAGGGUCGCUGAAGGGGGAUGAGACGACCCUGUUGGAGGUUCCGGUGAAGGUGCCGCACAGCGUGCUGUUGAGUUUGGCCAGAGACAUCGGGAGAGAUUGGGACAUUGAUUACGAAUUGGAGCUUGGUCUCAUCAUCGACCUCCCUGUCAUUGGAAACUUCACCAUUCCCUUGUCUCAGAAGGGCGAAAUCAAGCUCCCUACUUUCUCUGACUUGUUUGGUGGUGGUGGUAAAUCCAAGGAUGAUGACACUGUUGCUGAAUGCUGAUGAUAAGUGAAAGUGAAAGACCUGCUUGCAAUUUGAUCAAUAAAGCAGAUAGAUGCAUCUGGGCUUGGCUGAUAAGAUGUUGCUAUUAUUAGUCAAUAAAUGGGAUACUGAUUUGUAUUAGUUGCAGCUUAUGAUCCUUUGUCUUACAGUCGAUGAUGAUACGUUAUUAGUACUUGCGCCCUUCCUUUUUACUCAUGGGCAUGGCAAAUUGGGAAGGCAACAAGAUGGUGAAAUUAGCGAGUAAUCUUCCUAUUCUCUGCCCUGGAACACUAUCUUCUAUACGAGCACCUGAACUUGCCAAGUCACCAAGCAUGUUUUAAUUUGCUGGAUUGAAUUCUUCCCUGCUUUCAUAUGAACAUUGAUUCUAUGCUUUGGGCGCACAUCGAUUGUAAAGGCCACACCAUUAACGUUAUGAAGGUGCUGUGUACGCUUGGUUUGGUUAA